AUGGCCAAAACCGUCAUGCAGCGGACUUGGCGACAAGAGUUGUCGUGGGAUGAACCCCUACCACCGGACAUUCGUGACGAAUGGGUCGCCUUCGUGUCGGACUUGCCGUCGCUGAAAACCAUUAAAGUACCGCGUUAUAUUAACUCGAGCCAAAAUGCCCCGUGUUACCUGCUAGGUUUCUGCGACGCGUCGCUGCACGGGUACGCCGCAGUUGCGUACGUGCGAAUGAGAGACGCGCCGGCGCACCAAUCAGUUUUUCUAAUCGGUACAAAAACAAAGUUAGCGCCACUAAAGUCAUUAACUGUUCCGCGGUUAGAAUUAAAUGCCGCGUUAUUGUUGGCCCGGUGGUUAGGGCGUCUCCGCCGUAUUUUGGAGUCACAGCUCAGUAUAGUUGGAGUACACGCUUGGUCGGAUUCUAUGAUUGUUCUGUCAUGGUUAACCGUACCCCACGAAACGGUAAAAGUGUAUAUAUCCAACCGCGUACACCAAAUCCAAUCGUUGUUACCGGAUUGUGAAUGGCGAUAUGUCGAAUCACUCGUCAACCCUGCUGACUGUGCAUCGCGCGGGGUAAUGCCCUCCGCUUUAGCACAACUUGAUUUAUAUUGGCGGGGACCGCCCAUUGUUUACACGGACCCCGCGGAGUGGGGCACCCGUCCGUCGUCGUUACCACUAAGUGAUUUACCCGAGGUCCGACCAGUUUCGUGCACUGCUUGCGUGGAGGAGGCACCGCGUGAAUGGUUUGACAGGUUUUCGUCCUACGACCGCAUGCUGCGAGUAGUGGCCAGAAUGUAUCGUUUUAUUGACGCAUGUAGCAGUAAAAGGCCAUGCGUGUCGAUAUUUUUGCAAAAAUCUGAACUUGACCGGGCCGCUCGAGCUUUGGUCAUCGAGUCUCAACGCAUCCACUUCGCCGUGUUGCACCGAGAGUUGUCAGGUGGUCGCGCGAUUUCGUCUCGACCAUUAGCACGGCUAGCUCCAUUCAUUGGUCCCGAUGGUCUUAUCCGCGUAGGCGGCCGCCUGCGUCAUUCGCUGCUAAGUUACGAUUGCAAGCACCCGAUGUUAUUGGCAAAAGGGUCGGUUUUUGCGUCAUCGUUGUGUCGUCGGUGGCACUUGUUGACGGGCCAUGCGGGCCCACGCGUGCUGGCUGCACUUAUCGCACGACAGUUUUGGGUCGUCUCGCUGCGGUCGGUGUUGCAUCAUGUACUGACGACCUGCGCUCGUUGUAUUAGGUUUGACGCAAAGCCGCCGACUCCCCUAAUGGCUGACCUGCCAGCCACACGCGUGCAAUCCCAACGGCCGUUUAUGUGUGUAGGCGUUGAUUACGCGGGGCCACUACAGAUGCGCGAAAAUCGACUCCGGAAGUCCCGUGAAUAUAAAAUAUACAUUGCAGUAUUUGUUUGUUUUGCUGUAAAGGCUGUGCACCUGGAAGUGGUAUCUGACUUAUCCACCGACGCGUUCUUGGCAGCAUUCGACCGCUUCGUCGCCCGUCGUGGUCUACCGAGCGACAUAUAUUCGGAUUGUGGUACGAACUUCGUGGGGGCGGACAAAAAGUUACGUUCAUUGAUUCUUAGCUCCGAAGGUCAGGCCGCUGUAGGCAACGCACGUGCUCUCUGCACUUGGCAUUUUAACCCGCCGAGCGCCCCCCACUUUGGUGGUUUGUGGGAGGCGGCGGUACGAUCGACGAAACGGUUAUUAAUCCGGAUCAUUGGGAAUUAUACAUUUUCGUACGAAGAGUUUACAACGAUCUUGUGUCGCGUAGAAGCCGUUCUUAAUUCCCGGCCGCUGACACCUGCGUCCACCGAUCCCCAUGACCUCGAGUGCCUAACGCCGGGGCAUUUUUUAAUAGGACAACCGCUGCUAGCAGUACCCCCUAGGUCAGGCCCUGCCACUAGUCGCACGUUGACCAAUCGUUGGAAGCUCAUGGACCAAUGUCAUCAGGCAUUUUGGCGGCGUUGGUCCGCCGAGUAUUUGACAACCCUCCAGGAGCGCUCCAAGUGGACCACAGGUAGCCCUCCCGUUAAAGUCGAUGAUAUGGUAGUCAUUGUUGACAACCAGAGCCCCCCUCUGUCAUGGCGCAUGGGCCGAAUCAUUGAAUUGUUACCAGGAUCUGACGGGCAGGUACGCGUCGUCCGCUUGCUGACUAGCGCGGGCACCGUGACACGACCAGUGGUAAAAAUAGUAUUGCUGCCCACUGCUGAGUAA